AUGGAUGAAAUCAACGGUAGCCACCAGGCUUCAUCCGCCGGCUUGUCCGCCACGGCUGCCGCCGAAGCGGCGCAUUUCCUGAUUGGCAAUAUUCCUUCUGUCGAGACGAUUUCGAGAGCGACGUCUCCCGGCUUACCAUUCAACGCCGGCCCCGAAGAAGACGACAAGAAGCGUUACCGACCGAGAACAUUUAGCUACUUCCGCCUCCUACCAUUCGAUGUCGAAGAUGGCGCCCAGCGCGAUGCCGCCUUGGCUGGUAUUCUCAAGAACCUCUACAUCGCUGUGAAGGCCGAAGACUUCGCCCCCGGAGCGCUACACUGGACACGAGAGCUACAAGGAUGGUUGAAUCUCAAGUUCGAGAUGACCCGCGAACUCCGCGCGAGGCUUGCAAAGCUAUACUACCACCUUGCAUUGGCACCGGGACUGGAUAGUAAUACUGCGGACCGUUUCACCAGAAUGGUCAUCACACUAACAAGGAAAAAGCACUAUCUCAAGCCCGGCGAAGAUCUAACGUUCGACUGGCGACCGCUGUGGAAGGAGAUGAAGGGUCUAGUGUUGCCCUCAGAGACACCCUCACACCAGGGAAGCAGGAGAAGAUCUCAGAAGCACUUGCUCAAGCUUUGCUUGCAUUCAAACUCGUACUUCGACCCGAAAGACAGACGCGAGAUGUUGGAGGAACUGCUCCCAUUCUUCAGCACGUCUGACCUCUCAAAUGCCUAUAUCGUAGUUGGAGGUAUCGGUGUCUUGGUCCCUACGACUCCUGCCCCCGCUUCGGAGGCACAAUCGCAACCUUCAGACUACGUACCGACGUACUUCCACCUGUGGUCUCUCAUGUCAAGAUCAAAGACUUUUGACAUAUUCUUCGUCGAUAUCUUCUCGCGGAUGGCUAGAGAUUACCUCCACUGCCAGCACGUGCCCUUUACCGAGCAUGGCAUCUUCACCAAGGAGCAGUCCGACCUCAUCUUCACUGCCAUCUUGCGCCUAACGGAAAUUCCCGUUGGCCAAGCAAACUCUCCAUACACGACACUAGACUAUUCCUCUGGCCUUGGCGUGUACUUGGAGAAGGAUAAGAAGAAAUACCCCGUUCCUUACAUGAUUGCACGGUGGAUCAUCCAUUCCUUGUCUCCAGCAUGUCUGGAGCAAGAAAACUCCAUUCUGUCCGGCUUGGAGGGUUUGAUGGAGUCGGUCGACACAUUUUUCCAUCCAUCCAACCAAGGAUCGUGGACAAGUUUCCUGGCACAGUUGACUUUCUUCCUGACUGACAUAUUUGUGUCUCGGUGGAACCGUGAGCAGAGCGGGGAACUAGACACACCACCAGAACGCAAGAUUAACGAAGAGGUCAGGAGGCGGUUCGUCCUUGCCUUGAAGGAGGUCACUUUCAUGGGACUUUUCUCGAAGAGCUCCAAGAUUGUGAAUUACUACUACUCCACUCUACAAGGCUUGGCAUACCUCGAGCCUGGCCUGAUGCUCCCAGGAGCGCUGCAGAGAUUCUAUCCUAGUCUGCAAGGACUGGUGGAAGUUCACCGUACAACAUCAAGUCUCUGCGGUCUACAGAUGAUUGCGAACAUUAUGGCGAAACAAAAGGGUUUCAGGUGCCACAUAACAGCGCUGUUAGCUCUGGCCCUGCCUGGUAUCGAUGCCAAUGAUUUGGGAAAGACACAGUACACACUCAAUUUCAUACAGAGUGUCGCCUACAGCAUCCCCUUUGCGCCUCUUAUCAAAGAGCACAGUGAUAUUCAGGAUACUACACUAGCAAUGCAGUGGGUCCAAGGCGAAAUGGAUCGCAUGGAGCGAGAAGGUCAAGAUGUCAAGAUCAACUACGACGAAGAGCUGACAGAUGAAGAUGAGGCAAACAUUGUCCGAUCUUCAACGGCGGGAUUUGGAGAAUUCAUCCUUGCACUGCUGGGAAAGGUCUUCACUCUGCUGGAAAACCUACCUGACGCGUCUCACCUUCGGACGGGUUCUCCCGAAGACAAUGUCAUCAAUACUCUCCCUGCGGCGUUAACACCUCUUUUCGCAUCUCUCUCGCCAGACUUGUUCGAUAUGGCUCUCGAUAAGUUGUCAACUUUCGUCAACACUCACGUCGUUCACCAAGCCAGGGAUGCCAUGGCCUGGAUUUGCAAUGCACUCUGCAAGGUGAACCCCGAGAAAACGCUGAAAGUUUUCAUUCCAAUGCUCAUCGUAAACAUCCGCAACGAGAUUGACUACAACGGCGCCGCCUCCGAUCGUAGUAGUGGAACGGAUGUCUUGCCUCGAGAUCGCGCUCUAGUCUGGCAUGUGAGCAUGCUAAGCAUGUGUGUUGUUCAUGUCGGCAACGAGGUUCUAAAGUACAAAUCAGAGCUGUUUGGCAUUGCCCAAUACAUGCAGGAGAAGUGCCGCGGCCUUCCCACUAUUCAUAUCUCGAAUUACAUUCACCAUUUACUCUUGAAUCUAACCCACACAUACCCAAUUGACAAUGCCCUCUAUGAGCCAGAUGUCAUCCAGCGAGGCCUGGACGUCACAGAUUGGGGCCGUACUACAGCACCUACAGAUCUUUCUAUCAAGUGGCACCGCCCGUCUCCUGAUGAGAUUAAGUUCGCUGUUGAACUAUUUGAAUCCCAGGCCAAUGGUGCAUCAAAACGGCUGGAGUUACUCAUGAGCGAUGAAACACCUGUUAGCCGAAAGGGAAAGAACAAAGAGUGGGGCGAUGAAGUGUCAAGGCAGUUGACUCAGAUCCGGCUAGUGAUUUCAGGUGUCUCGAGUUUGUUCGACCCCAAGAGGGCAUCCGGAGAGGCAAAUGGCCAUGUAAACGGUAACGGCAACAUCGACACAGAAGGAGAUACUGUGAUGGAAGAGGAUGACGAUCCUCUAGCUGAAGUAGCCGAUGAUGAAGAGCUGAAACGCCAAUUCCGCUAUCCUGCCGGCUAUCUCCUCGACUCAAAGAGCCCCUUAUACAACCGCAUCCAUGAACUGCGAGAGGACAUUGGACGGCUGCUUUCUAAGACGCAUGGCUUCCUCAAUGCAAAUCAAGAAGAUGAUGUGACUUGUUUCACUGCCCUGUAUGCUACAUACAGAACUUGGAUCACUGAUGUGGGAAUCGAGCGCUCUGCCCAUCCUCUCGAACGGCUGGUGAGGCUCUACAAAGCGGACAUAUCACCAUUCAAGAUCAGCGGAUUGCGUAAAGUGUACCCCCGGCCGCUGCUCAUCAAGCGUGCAGACGCAUACCAAUUGCAACGGGUCAAGUACAAUGCUUCAUACCGGCAGAAGAGCGACUUAGACAAACGCCUAUUACUUGACUUGGCCGAGUCUUGUGUCUCUUCCUACGCUGAUGUUCGUAGGGUUGCACAAGGCGCUCAGGACUCGUCGCUUAAGGUCCUCAUUGGUGGCCGCCCAUUGGUGAUACCAGUCAUCUUAGACAGGCUACGCAAAGCUUUGGAAACGAACGAUCACGAUCGCAUCAAGGGAGCCAUGUACACUCUUCUUUUCACCACCCUCAUCAAGACUCUCAUGAAAGACUGGCGCUUUGCCCCGGAUAUGAUGCGCCUGUAUAUUCAGACUGCAGGUGUAGACAAAACUUCAAUCCAGCAGCUUGGUUCAACUGCACUAUACCCCCUCUUGGACUUCGGCAAAGCUUUCGAGCGUAUGAUUAUCAAGGAUGAAACUAUUGUCGAUACUAUCAAGCCAAUUGAUGAUGUAUCUAGGAUCAUCGGGACGCGGCAUGACUUCAUCGUUGAGCGCAGAAAGAGAGUCGAAGCCAAGAAAGCUGCUUUGGGGCUUGAACUCGUUGAGAAGGCCAAGGUGGCGCAUUGGAAGGUUGCAACCAGGUGUGCCAUCUUCGCGACGAAUCUCUGCUUGAGGUUUGAUACCUUGGCACCGCCUGAGUUCAUUGAACUGGUAGCGAACGGCACAAAUGAUCCCCAUCCUGGACUCCGUGCGAAUUACCAGUCCGCCUUCUCCAAUAUUUUCACGGGAAUCGAUGUGCGUGCUGUGUAUGGACACAAGUACCAGAACUACCUUCAAGAGAAAGACACCGACCUCAAUACUGUAGAGAUCGAUGUACCUUCAGAUGAUCCUAAUUGGACAGACAAGUUCUUGACCUCAUUUGAGAAGUAUGAUGGUGCCGAAUACUUUGUCGACAGCGACCAUCCUGGAUGGCUUGUAUGGAGUAAAAAAUUCAAUGCUUCGAGAGCCGAUCCAAAGCCAUUCCUGGAAUAUGACGACGUGGAAACCCGCGCUAGGGAACAGAUUGGCAAGAUUCUGACCAAGGAGUGGUUCGCCAAGUGCUUCGAAUAUCUCAAGCAGGAACCACGCGAUACAGGAGCGGACCGGUUCCGAAUGCAGAAUGUCGUAUUGCUCAUGCACGUAUUCGACUUGAUGAAUUAUGGUGUGACUACUGUCACCUUUGACGAAAUCAAGGACCUGGUUAAGGAUGUCUACGGCGAUGGCAGUGACAAGCACCAGCAUCGAGCUACAGCAGAAAUUCUCGGCGCUCUCUUGUCUGGAGGAUCAGAUGAUCCGCUUGAAUUCCGUAACAAGACAUGGGGAUUUGCGGCGCCUAUGAUGCUCAAGAUCAUUGCGGACGGCCUCACUCCAGAGAAUCAGCAGUAUUGGAUGACGUGCUUGCACCUGACUAUCGGUUCCAAGGACCCUCGGCGGUCCCACGAGUUUAUGGAGCAGCUCGGAUCGUUCAAGCUUGACAUGAACUCUAAUGCGGCUUUCAAGGAAUCGUCCAAGGUGCAGCUCCUCGAGUUCUUGAUUAAUGAUGCAGGUUGGCAUUUCCGAAAUGAGAAACCCAUCUUGGAGGACUUCCUUACGCAUAUCGACCAUCCUUAUAAGUCAGUCCGCGAGGCCAUUGGCCGAGUUAUUGCUACAAUAUACCGAACUCGCUACCACGAGUCCUUCCCGGAUGUGACGGCACUGCUCGAGAGCAACAAGGCUGAAUCGUCAAUCGGCAUUCGUCCGUAUCAGCCAGACGAGGAAUUUUCGGCUACCAUCAAGGAGGUCUUCACACGCCUUGAAACUUGGCGUCAUGAGCGUGCGCCAGGCCAACAAACACCUAGUAGCUACACGAGCGGCUCGAAGACGGUUCUUAUGUGGCUGGACUGCAUGCUUAGUUCGCAGGAGUGCACCCAACUAGUUCCGUUCUUCCCGGAGCCGUUCAUUGACCAGCUCCUGCAUAUGAUGGAUGUUAAAGAGGACCCUGAGCUCAUGAGGCUUGCAUAUCACGUCUACCGCCACCUUCCAAACAUUCCUUUGCGAAGUGGCGAGGAUGAAAAAUUCAUCAAGUCUCUCAUUCGCGUCGGAAAAACAGCUGUCAGCUGGCACCAAAGACUGCGCGCUCUUGUCAACAUGCAAGUUGUUUAUUUCCGCCGCCUCUUCUUGACCAAGCCUGAGCAACGGGAACUCCUCUUUGGAGCAGUGGGCGAUAUGCUGGCAGAUGCUCAGCUGGAAGUCAGAGAUUGUGCUUCAGUGACGUUGGCAGGUAUGAUUCGCUGCUCGCCGGCUGCAAUUAGAAAUCCAAUCAUUGAGAGCUUGAUCGCGCGAUUCAAGCAACAACUCAACGCCAACCCUAUGCCGAAGCGUAAGCUGCCCGGAACGGAUACACCCGUGGAUGUGCAGAAGCAGGUUGUCAGACGACAUGCGGCUGUUCUAGGCCUGGGGGCACUCAUCGAAGCGUUCCCAUAUGCGACUCCGCCUCCAUCCUGGAUGCCGGAUGUGCUGGCUCAUCUCGCACGACGGGCAGCCAGCGAUCCUGGUGUGGUGGGCAAGGCAACCAAGACAGUCUUGGCGGAGUUCAAGAAGACUAGACAGGAUAGUUGGGGAGUGGAUCAAAAGUAUUUCACCGCAGAACAACUCGAAGAUCUUGAAGGAGUUCUUUGGAAGAGCUACUUCGCCUAA